AACAACAACAACAACGACGACGACGACGACGACGACAACAACAGCAACAGCAUCAACAAUGAUCCCAAGAAAGGAAAUGAGAAGAGAGGGAGAGAGAAAGAUAGAGGGAAAAGAAGAGAGACAGUGGGACUUUCUGAACCCUACAUGUACUUUGGGAGAAGAAACCAACAUGGCUGAUAUGCUGAACACAUACAUAUACGACAAGGAAGAGGGAGAAGGAAGAAGACAACGUAGAGGAAUAACAGAAAUAAAAGAAAGAGAAGGAACUGCUCAAAUUUUGAAGAACACUCAUCAUGAUUUGAAUUUUUCGCAACCAACUUCAAGUCUGGCACAACCUUACGCAAACAACCAAUGUGGACCAUCCUACCAACAACAACAACAACUACAACCACAUCUGCAAGAGACUUGUGAUGACUACAACUACAACAACUACUAUCAUCCCCAACAACCACAACUACUACUACAACAACCGGAAGACACAGAUAACUACAACAAUUACUAUUGUCAACAACAAGCACAACUACAGGACACUUGUGACGACUACUACAGCCACAACAACUACGACCAUCCCCAACAACAAGGCCCUGCGAACGAUUACUACUACUAUUCUGAGCAGCAACAACUGCAACAACAGCAACAGCUACAAUAUUUGUCAAUUGAUAAUGAAACAGGUAAGUGUGUUUAAUUCACCUCGGUCGUCUGCUGGUCACCCAGCCAGUCUUCCCCAUUAUGGAGCGAGCUCAGAGCUCAUAGACCGAUCUUCGGGUGGGACUGAGACCACAACA